GAGGGAGCGCGCAGAGAGCCAAGCCGAGUGCGCUUGACGGUAAAAGUGGCUCGAGCGCAGCUUGGUGUGCGUAAAACCUCUCACGUGAUAAUUUCUAACCGAUUAAAAACAUUUGCCAACCAACGGCGACUCUUUAUUAUAGACAAAAUAAUUAUGUGGUGACCGAAGUCACAGACAAACUUUUUUGGGGAAAAAACUGGAAUAUGCUUCCACCUGACAUUCAAAGGUAAAAUCUCCUCAGGAAAAGGUGGGUGCGCGUAAUUUGGGCGUUAAGUAAAAACGGUUAAAGUGUUUGUUACUGAAACAAUUUAUCGAUACUGGAGAGCGCUGUGUGAUUUUAUAAAGAUAAUCGUGCGUAAAGUUGUUGAACGGGGAUGCGAGUUUAAAGCGCACGCGACUCCCGCCGCUCGCGCGCGCCGGAGGUUCGGUCCGUUCAUGUUCAUGGAGUUUAUAAGCAGGAGCCGCUAGAAUGGACGUGAUUGAUGAAACUGAGGCUUUACAAAGAUUCUUCGAAGGUCAUGAUAUUAACAGCUCUUUGGAGCCAGCGAACAUUGACACCAGUAUCCUGGAAGAAUAUAUCAGCAAAGAAGACGACAGCACAGAUAUCUGUUUCACAGAGGUUCACAGUACUCCAGGUUCCCAGUACCCUUUGCCCCAGGGCGGGGCAUCCUCUUCAGGGGGGGUAGGGUGUGGCAUAAGCCCCCCAAUCCCCCUGCGCCAGGGUGUUCCCCAGUCUCUGCCCCAGUCCUGCCAGAACCCUUACCCGCCACCACCUUCUUUGGGCCUCCUUAGACACAACUACCCCUGCCUGGGGCAACAGCAGAGUCACCAACACCAGCAGCCGCACGUCAAGCCGGACCACCGUGGACAGUACGCACCAGGAACGCUACCCGAGUCUCCUCCAGACUCCAGCUCAGAGCCAUAUUCUCCCCAGCAAGCCAACGAUCCGCACAUGCUUAGAACAAUGACGCCUGAGAACAUGUGUCACAUGACCAGUCCUCCACCUCUUCCCACACACUCCCACUAUCCCAGCAUGCACCGGGACAUGUACCUUAAGCCAGAGCCGGUGAUAUCACAGUACCCGAUCGGUCCAAUCAGUGGUGGUACCGGAGACAUGCAGCAGGGUCAGAUGAUACAUCAACUCAUGCAACAUCCACAAGGGCAAGAUGGCAUUCCUGUUCAUCCGGCAAAGAAGAGGAAACAUUCGGACUCACCCAACAAUACUUUCAACUCUCAAAUACUUACAGGCAUCAUCAAACAAGAGCCAGGUUUGAUGCAGGACGCAGAAAACUCGUAUCUGGAUCCAAACUAUCAAUGCAUUAAGUGGCAGCCGCAUCAACAGAACAAAUGGACUCCGUUAUACGACGCCAAUGGAAAAGAGCUUCCAUUGCCGACAUACAGAGUGGAUGCCGAUAAAGGUUUUAACUUCUCAUUGGCUGAUGAUGCGUUCGUGUGUCAGAAGAAGAAUCACUUCCAGGUGACCGUGUACAUCGGAAUGCCGGGAGAUCCCAAAUAUGUGAAGACCAACGAGGGUCUGCAGCCAAUCGAAUGCUUUUACCUGAAACUCAACGGAGUGAAGUUGGAAGCCAUGAAUCAGUCCAUUAACGUUGAACAGUCACAAUCUGACCGCAGCAAGAGACCCUUCAAACCAGUGCUAGUGACAUUGCCACCGGAGCAGGUUACAAAGGUAACGGUGGGUCGUCUCCACUUCAGCGAGACUACAGCCAAUAACAUGAGAAAGAAAGGGAAGCCGAACCCUGACCAGAGGUACUUCAUGUUGGUUGUGGCUCUUCAGGCUCACUGUCACAGUCAAAGCUUCACGCUGGCGGCUCAGGUCUCCGAAAGGAUCAUCGUCAGGGUAACCGCUGCGUCCAAUCCGGGUCAGUUUGAGAGCGACAGUGAAGUGUUGUGGCAGAGAGGACAGACGCCGGACUCUGUAUAUCAUCACGGUCGGGUGGGCAUCAACACGGACCGCCCCGAUGAAGCCCUGGUCGUCCACGGUAACCUGAAGGUCAUGGGCUCCCUUGUGCAUCCUUCUGAUAUUAGAGCUAAGGAGAAUGUGAAGGAGGUGGAUACUACUGAUAACCUGAGACGUAUCUCUCAGAUGAGAUUGGUACAUUAUCAGUACAAACCCGAGUUUGCAGCUACAGUGGGCAUCGAUGCCACAGCUGAGACUGGGGUGAUCGCUCAGGAAGUCCAGCAGAUUCUUCCAGAGGCGGUCAAAGACGGAGGAGACGUGGUGUGUGCGAACGGAGAGACCAUCCCAAAUCUACUGGUUGUCAAUAAAGACCGGAUCUUCAUGGAGAACGUGGGCGCUGUGAAGGAGCUCUGCAAACUCACCGAUAAUCUGGAGACUCGAAUCGACGAGCUGGAGCGCUGGAGCAGAAAACUGGCCAAACUGCGGCGACUCGACAGUAUGAAGAGCUCAGUGAGCGGAGGCACGGUCAGCUUGUCAGGAAGUUAUUUUAGCAGAACGGGAAGUGGACCACUGAAGAAAAAAGUAGCCAAGCCAGGUAGCAAGAGGUCUGCUCCAGAGCAAGGCUGUCUCAGUCACAGGUUUAUGCAGGGCACCAUCCUGGCCCUGGUUAUUAUAAUGGCCUUCAGUGUCAUCUCCAUGUCCAUCCUCUAUGUGCUCAAUCUUCAACACCAUGGAAGCAUAACUGAUGUGGAGGGCUCUGCGUCUCGCUGCCUUCUCUUCAUCUCUUGGACGCCCUUCCUCACUGCAACUAUCACAUUCUGUCCAUCCUUCUGUCUGUGGUCUCGUUCUGCUCUGGGAUCAUCACGUCAGGCUUCUUACACCCCUGCCAAAGUCACCCUGUCUACUCUCUCCCCAGUGUCAACUUCAACACUCUUGUCCGAUCACCCGGCUUGUUGCCCUCCAACAACAGCCACAACUAACCAAUCUGCCACCAUCAGUCUGUUACCAAACAACAACCAAUCUACUCCAGACUUCAGCACUGCGCUCCCCACCCAGGCCACUGUUAACAAGAAGGCAAAGUCUCGGCCGCUGGAUAAAGACGGACGCGGUAGAAACCGUCUCAGCCACACGUCGGCUCCACUGUCUGUCAGUAAAUCCAAACGGCCGCCUCAACCGCCGGAGCUCAGCGCAGCCACCAAACGCUUACCAGGAGGACAACAGCAACCACGAAGACAGCGCAGUUUAAACACACAUAAGCAAAACUGUAUGUUGCAGUGAAGAAGAGCAAACUAUUUCCCAUCAGAGCUCAAAGUAUAGAGUCAACAUUCAGGUUUAUAUUCCUGUGUUCAUACAUAGCGCUGGCCCUGAUUCAAAGACUGUUUUUUCUUGAUGGGCCAAUAACAAUGUCUUAUCCGUGUUUGCUAUGUGAAAUGCAUAUUUGUACAAGACGAGAGGAAAAUUAACAUAUUUCAGAAAUAAUUAUAGUUUUUGCCACUCAGAAAUUAGCUUUAACCUUACUUAAACUGCAAAAAAAUCUAACUUGGUAUUUUAGAUAUUUAAUAUCGAAAAAUUCUUAAAUAAAGAUGUAUUUUCUUGAUGAGCAAAAUGACCUGAGAAAAUAAGUCUAGUUUUUAAGCCAACAAAUUUAAAUUCAAAGAGCACCUAUUGCCUGAUUCACAUUUUUUUUUUUUAUUUAGUGUAUAAGUGUGUAUUAGUACAUGUUAAUGAUAUGUAAAAGGUACAAACCCCAAGUAAACAUUGACGCGAGUUAUCGUCUCCAAUGUCCACAACAGGCAACAGUUUACUUUCUGGGAUUGGUGAUGUAGUAAAGACCGACAUUAUCAUAAAUCCUCUCGCUGCAGACUCACAGCCUGUAAGUUAACUCCUGUUAGCAACCGAAUCUUUCAAACAUGGUAAGGAGCGUCACAUUUCCUGCUGACGUCAGAGGUAUUCAGACCAAUCACAAUUUACAGAUUAGCUGGCCAAUCAGGGACACAGCCCUUUUCAAAUCCUUGCGUUUCAGGAAGAGCGUGAAAUUUGGAGCUACAAAAUGUACGGUAGCCUAUGUGAAAAAUUAUGUGUUUUUUUAACCAUAAACCACGCAAACACAUUGUAUUAUACCAAAUACAUUUUUUAGCAAGGAAAUAGGUGCACUUUAAGUGAAUUUGUGUUUAAAACAUGCAAAAAAUCUCCCAAUACAUUUCUCUUGAAUUAAGUGUUUAAGAAAAAGUUAAUUUAAUAUAUCUUAAUUUAAGAUUUUUUAGAUAUUUGUCCUGAAAACAAGACAAAAAUACUAAGUAAGAAAGUCAUUUGCAGUGUGCUUUUACUGUAUAAACACAUGCAUACAAGUUAAAUGUCUUUUAAUGCAGAGAUAUAAUAUAAAUGGGUAACAGUAGGUGGGUGUGGAACAGGGCUAAUUUAAAUAUUUCCCCGCCUUUGACAAGUUAAUCGCUUCCCUGCCAAUGAUGAGUUUUUCCAGCAAUCCAUAUUUCCGUUAUUAUCCACCAGAUGUCGCUCUUACCCAACUCAUAAAACCUGGAAGCAACCCCUCAGGCCAAACAGUAAGAACUCCAUGUAUGUUUUGAUCAUCGCCAUCAUCAUUAUUUCAGCUUUUUGCAAAAAAAAUAUUUAAAAAAAAACCAACCCAUAUAUGAGAGGUGAUAAAAAGGAACAAAUGAAGAUAGGAUGAAUUUUGUUUGUUUGUUUGAAAGAAGAUGUCUGUUCGUUCAUUUGACAUAUUGUAUGUUUAAAGGAGAACAUUAUCUGAAACGCAUUACAUUUUUUUGAAAAUCAUUAAAAAAUUAUUGAAAAAUGAAAAACGCUGGUGGGGAAAGAAUUAAACAUCCAAAAUCGCAUGCUCUUGAGUGGGUACUAAGUAAAUAUGUGACGAGGUCACAACAGUAGAUGAAUCUGUGUAGUAUGAAAUCCGGACGUCCUACAUAUGCCAUAUUGUCAUUGUCAUGUGACCCACCAGCAUCAGUUACGUCACGUCAUCUCCAUUCACAAAUCCUCUCCCAUAGCCUCAUGAGAUAGUUAAGUGGUCAUCGAAUACACACUGUGAGUCCUACUUUUUGCACUUAAACAGUUUGAUGUGUUGAUUUCGUGCCAUCUGUCAAUGUACUGGACCACCUCACACACUGUUUGUAUUUUUCUUUGAUAAUUUAUACACUGGAAAUGGCUUUAACUGCACCAACAGGCUCAUAAUGACUGAUAAUUUUACCUCAUUAACAUGUUUGUCAUAUCUACUAUAGAGAAUGUGUUCAUCCUGAGAACAUCUGGCCAUAUGCAAAUACAUAAUGAACAAUUUAGAAAGACAAUACAUGGUUAAAGUAGACAAUUCAGGUCAAUAAUUUAAAAAGAGAGAUGUGAGUAUAGGAGUAAAACUAGAUACUGGAUUUGUGUUAGUUGGAGCCACUGGAUUUCUCUAGGAAACUGGAAUGACUUCACACUGGAAAAAAACAACAAAACCACUUUGAAAGUCAAACACUGACUAAAAACUGGAUCAUUU